AAAAAACACUCUUGACAGUCACGUGAGUCUUGGAGUUCGUGACAAGAUGGCUUCAAUGUGUCACGCAUAAUGAGCCCGCAAUGGUGUUGUUGUUUCUUAGUGAGCAUGCGUGAUUUCCAACCUAAGUUUCAAGCAAGCAAAAAACAUUUGUAAACAUUCAAGAAAUUUUCAUAAAAUCACGGACUUUUCGCCACUUCGGAGAAAUAUUUAAGCUUUAUAUAUCAUUGUAAAUAGUUAUAUAUUUUUAUAAGACACUUUUUAGAAAUAUUUAUUGGUAAACAUGAACAAAUUCGAAGCGUAAGUUUCAUGAUUUUCAAUUCGUAUUUUUGGACAAUGAAAAUUUUUUCCUGUAACUUUGUAACUCAUGAUUCUUUAUUUUAAAUCUUAGGCUUAAGUUUGAUGACUCAAAUAAUGAUGACAACAGUGAUGACAAAGAAGACGAAGAAUGUGAAUCAAGAAAUACGGUAGUUUUAACUUUUAAGGUGGCUCGACUGGAUUUUUUGGGGCUAAAUACCUCCCAAGUUUGAGCAUUAACUACGUCGGCAUGAGUAAAGAUAUGGAAAAAAGGUUACCACAACUGUAUUAUAUAAAGAUGAUCAUUUCUUAUGAUCUGGGUUUAAUUGCAAUCGGAGUCGCCAUGGCAACGUAAUGACGCCAUUGCGUUUUUUAUUUAUCGUUGUGUCUCUGUACCAGGAGUUUUUCAAGAAAUCGCUUAAGGGAGUAUGUACCUGCCAUAAUUGCCUCCAUUAUGGCAAAGUUUGAAGAAAUUCUAUGAGAGCGUUUUCGAAAUACUUUGAAAUGCAGUUUUAAGAACCAUCAAAGCAGUGAAAUAGCAUGCUAGCCGCACAAUUCACUAAUAUUUUAAGAAAAUGAUAAGCUUUGGAAUUGCAGCUUCAUCUCAUAGUGGUUUGAUUCCAUUGAAAACUGCAUACAAAAAAAGAGGGGAAUGGCUCUGGGCGAUCGCGAGUAAGAAGAAUUUUAUUAACUUGCAUUCACAUGCUUUUGAUACAGUUUUAAAACUGCAUUUCAGAAUAUUUUGAAAACGCUCUCAUAGAAUUUCUUCAAACUUUGCCAUAAUGGAGGUAAUUAUGGCAGGUACAUACUCCCUUCAGCGAUUUCCUCAAAAAACUCCUGGUACAGAGAAACACAAAGAUAAAUGAAAAAUGUAAUGGCGUCAUUGUGUUGCCAUGGCGACUCCGAUUGUAGUAAAACCUAGAUCGUAAGAAAUUUUCAUCUUUAUAUAAUACAGUUGUGGUAACCUUUUUUCCAUAUCUUUACUCAUGCCAACGUAGUUAAUGCUCAAACUUGGGAGGUAUCCCCCUCAAGAAAUCCAGUUGAGCCACCUUAAUUAGUGGAUAAAGUACGGUAGCAAUGCGCAAGACUCAAGUUGAUACUCAACAAGAGUGCUGUAUUGUACUGGAUACGAAUCUGGUGUCUUUAACUUUUGCGUCUACUUUAGUUUAUUUAAUGCUGGUCUUCAAUAGCAACCCAACAUGAUAUUGUUAUGAGACGCUUUCGUGCUAGUGAAGACUGCCAACACAUCAGCAUAAACACAACAAUCUCUAAAACUGGCUGCAGAUUACCCUGUCAUUCAGAACAAAAAUCUUGGGACUGCUUCACAGACAUUACUAACUGAGGUUAAAUUACAUCUGCGACACAUGCUACCGUUCUUCACAUGCUUUGAAGUAAUUUUGCUGACCUUCUCAAAGCACCAUGACUAGCAGUUUCUGGUUAAAGAACAUGUUAGCAAUUGAUCUUCACUCACUGUCCAUAAGACAUUAGGCUGAUUUAGCAGCAGAACAGGAAUGUGAGUUGACAGCGGCGCGUGCAAAUCGAACAGCAGGCUUGACCAAUGGCAGAGCAGCACAUUGGGCACCUGAAGUUGUGUUUUUUCCUUUCCACACACUUUCCUGUUGUCAACUGACGUUACCAUUCCAUUGCUAAAUCAGCCUAUUAGUGAACUAGACACCUGCACAACAACUCAUGGAAAUAAUCCUCGCAGUUCAAUAAACAGCCUAAGUGGUUGAAAAAGAACCUGAAAAAAUUCAGCCUUGGCAGGGAAUGGACCCCUGACCUUUACAAUGCCCAGACGCAGUGCUCUAUCCAUUAAGCUAAUCAAGCCAACUGGAGAGCAGGCCAUUGUUUAGUCAUAUCAGCAUGACUAGAAUCAAAGUGUUUAACAUGCCUUUUUCAUCAAUUUCAUAUUUUAACUUUAAAAGGAAAGAAAUGGUGAAGGAAUGAAUGGAGGUGAUUUGACAGAGGAAAUGAAGUUCCGGGCUGAGGUACAUGUUACAUGUUUUAAAGUUUGCUUUUUGUUCUUAAGAUUGUCUGUAAUUUCCAAAUUUUUACUACAGCUGUAUGUUAUUACAUUGUAUUACAUCAGUGGCAAAAGAUGCCUUGUCCAACACCUGGAUUAGUGGAUUUUUUGCAUCCAUUAGCAUGAUACACUUUAGUCAAUAUGAUACAUGUAAAAUCAGUUUAUUUUUAUUAUUGCCUUUAAAAGCCAUCAUUGGUUACAGAAAAAAAUAACAUAAUUUUCUGUGCUUUUUUCUUUCAGCUUGAGAAGAAAGUUGUGACUGUAGGUGAGGGAGAACAUCCAUUGCAAUGUCCGCAUGCAUUUUGGUUUUCACGAAGACCUCAAGGCAAGCCUCAGGCAUCCGCUAACUAUGCUGACAACAUUAAGCUUGUUGGAAAAUUUGCAUCAGUAAGUUGUUUCCUUGUAUAGAUCCCUGGGUUGCCUUAUUCUUAUUAGAGUAUAAUGGGAUUUUUUUCUUUUUUCUGUUUUCUAUUCACCACCCAGGUAGAACAGUUUUGGGGUUUUUACAGCUACCUGGUCCGGCCCGGUGACUUAACUGGACACAGCGACAUUCACUUGUUUAAGGAUGGCAUCAAACCCAUGUGGGAGGUAGGUUAUCUUCAGUUUUUGAAUCCUUUAAGAAGAUGGCAGACAGAACUUUACAAUUUUUAUAUUUACAGCAGCUGUUAUACAACUAAGAAAAAUUGAAGGAAGUGCAGUGAUCUGAACCUGUGAAUUCCAGGGUGACCAGCAGAGGAAGAAAAAAAGAUUUUCUAGUCGCCCAAGAGCCAAAGUGAGGCACUAAGGACCACUGCUCUCUCCUACAGCACAGACCUGUCAUUUUUGAGGAGGGGUAAAACAGGACUCCCAGCAGGAGCAAGUAGCACCAGAAAUAAACUCAACCCACAUGUUGUUAAGGCAGGGAUUACCCAGGUGCCCAGGGCCCUGUUUCUCGAAAGAUGGUUAAGUUUAACCCAGAUUAAGCCAAAUUUCAGGCACGGUUUUCUUGUCUAAGAACAUGCAACAUGAGGUUUCAAAAUACCGUUGAGCCUUCACUACGAGAUACAGUAAUGAUAACACAAAAUGUUACUCUAAGCAAUGCAUAGGAAUGUAACAUACAAACAUGGAACAAGACUUUUAAUCCUGGAUUAACGCUAAUCGGCCUUCCGGGAACCAGGUCCAGAUCUAUGAACAUUGGUGGGAGGCAAGUUUUCUCUCUUUUAACUGUGCUAUGGUUGCUCUUAAAGAGUUGAAUAUUAAAUUUACCCUUCAUCAUCAUGUUCUUUAUAAAUAUGUCUUUCUAGGAUGAGGCAAACAAGCAUGGGGGAAAGUGGAUAGUUCGCCUGAGAAAGGGGCUUGCAUCAAGAUGCUGGGAAAACCUGGUAUGAAAAAUAAUUAAAAAAGAAAGAAAAUAAGAAAACCAGUCACUGUCGAACUCAAAAAACUGUGAACGUCCAAAAUUUUUUAAGCACAAAUUGUGCUGCAAAGAAAAAGUUUAUCAAGGGUGUGAAAACUACAUGAUAAAUGCAAAUAGCUUGGUUAAUAAGUUUGUGGCUCUGUGGUCUCCUCUACGUGGUCUGUGUUCAUUCUUUGUUGUGAUAUGGCCACUACAUGUAAUGAAACUUCUUGAAAUAAUAAAAACUGUUCGUGGUUUUGCUGAAUUUCAUGGGUAAUAAAAUAAAAUUACUAUUUUGGUGGUUAAUAAAAAUGUUCUGCCUGAUUUUUUAGCAGACUUCUGCUUCCUUUGUAAAUAUAAAUUAGCCUUGGGAAUAUUGAAUGUAAAGGGAAAAAGGUAAAAAAAAAAGACUUCUUGAUAGGCCUAGGUUACCCAAUUACUUGUAUUUAAACCACAUGAGUAGUUUUCAUUAUUGUGAAUUGUUUGCUUUAUGUAUGUAUUUUAGAUACUGGCAAUGCUUGGAGAGCAGUUUAUGGUUGGAAGUGAGGUCUGCGGUGCUGUCAUAUCAGUUCGAUUCCAGGUCAGACCCAAUUUUUUUUUGUAAAGAAAAGGGUUUUAAUAGGGUCAGAAGUCUGAGUAUGCAUAGUCCUUAUUGUCUCUUUGUAUCUCAUUGUUGUUUAUCUAACAAAAAACAUCACAUACCCAAGUGGAGAUAUGAAAUUUCUUUCCUUUUAUCAAAAAAAUAACAGUAUUUGACUUGUUCACAGCACAAAACAAUCUAUGAUUUUGUAUCUUUUUAGGAAGAUAUCAUCUCAAUAUGGAACAGAAAUGCUGCAGACCAAGCAACCACAACAAGAAUUAGGUAAGUUCCUCUCUAAAUUUAUUUUAAAAAAUCAUACAAUUUCUAAAAGCCCCCCACCCAUCCCCCCCCCCCCAAAUACAAAUACAAAAUCUGCAAAUUUAAAAUGGUAUAGUCCCUUAUACAUUAAAUUGUAUUAUUGCAAUAAGGGUUGUCAAACUUGUAUUCAGGGCUGUCACUAAGAGCCGGAGGCUGGCGAUUUCCCCUGACUUUAUAAUUAUGAGCAUGACCCGGCUACUUUGAGAUGAAACAAAAGGAGUAGAAAACAUAGAGAUCUUUCUAGCUUUUCAAUUUCUUGCUGACUAAUUGCAUAAUUAUACCUGACAACUUGAAAUCUUAGUAACAGCCCUGUGUCUUUCAAAGUUUUCCUCCUGAAGGUACAAAAUAAACCAAAGUUAAAAUUGAACCACAACAUAUACUUGUAUCAUGCGAUGACUCAUGUAGAAGCAGUGAUAAGUACACCGAAAUGAUGUUCAUGCCCACUGUACAGAAAAAAAAAAUAUUAUGAUGACUCCUCAAUGACUGGUGACCCUGCUCUCCAUAGCGCCUCCAGCAGCUCAGUGGAUAGAACUCGGAUGGUAAUUCAGUUCAAUUCUCACCUGAAGCUCAGAAUUUUUUCGAGCUUUCUGGUGUUAGAAUUCUCCUACACCGUACUUCCAAAUUAUGAAUUUUUUUGCAUGUGGCAUCAUGUUGUAUGUAGGUUUGUGUGGCUAAACAAAAUUAUUCUUCCUUUUUGAUUAAGGGACACGCUGAAAAGAGUACUGAACCUACCACAGAAUACAAUCAUGGAAUACAAGGCACAUCAGAGCAGCUUAAAGUAUGACAAAUUAACAUGAUUAGGGAGUACCUUUAAUCACCACAGACACAAAACUUGUGUCUUCACCAUCAGACAUCUUUUACUCAAGGCUUAUUAUUAUUACAAUAAGGUUUGUCAAAAGUAGCUGGCUGCCAGUGAAAAUCACUGCCUACUUGGUUAUUAUCAGCCAGCUACUCUGCUUGGCAUUUCUUUACGGAUGGUGUUUUUUAAAUAAAAUAUCCCUGGACUGGCUGCUUACUUUGACAACUCAGCCAUCUGCUUCAAAACUUUCUGAUAACCCUGUUACAAACGACAAGAAGAGCCCACAAUCCUAAUCUCAAGGUUGCUAUUAUGCAUGCAAGACACAAUGUUUUAUGUAGCCAGCUUUGUUUGAAUUUCCACUAGGAAUGAGUGGAAUGCACAGUAUGUAAUCUGAUCACACAUGUUUUGACCAUCUAUCAUGUGAAACGUACCCAAAGCACAGUAUCAGAGCAAAAGCAUUUUGACAAGUUUUCGAGCAUUCCACCCACACUCAGUGACUACAACCUUUGGUUAUUACUAGUUUAUAAUAAUAAGUUAUGCUCAAUAAUUGUUAGGUAACUCUAAAUAAUGGUAAUAGGACUGAGUGGAGUCCAAUUCAGUCUGAAAUCAUACAAGUGAUUAACAAAAUCAGACGACCCCGUAGCUGGAGUCCAAUUUCUUUAAUCACAAGCAUGAUUACAGACUGAAUUGGAUCACACGAAGUUCUGUUACCAAAUUACCAAAACUAUAACAAAAUCUGUGAUAUUUCAGGCUUAGGCAUUUAUGUGCUCGUAGCGGUGGUGUGUACAUGUCCAAUUUAUCACAUGCGUGACGCUUACUGUCCUAUUACACUGUCCUAUUAGUGCUGAAAUCAGGACAGCCCUAACUCCCUUGGCAAAGUUCUACUCAAUGUCGCUUGGUAAAGUUACUCAGUGUCACACAAAAAAUAUUUUUCUCAACUUAAAUAACUGAUUGUAAACUCAUUGUUCAUUUUCAGGGAUAACUCAAGUUUUAGAAAUACGGAUGUCUUCAUGAGAUAGAACCCAAGUUGGCCCACAAUAAACAAGAACGUUCUGUUACCUUGUGCAACUUCAUAACAGAUACAAAUUAAAAGACUUCAUUACAGCAAAAAAAUCUUGUUUUUGCUACAAGACCCAUUCUCCCCUAACAUUGGUCAGCGAAAAAAUUCACCAAAAAAAUUAA